AUGAUAAAAGUACGAGGAUGGCAGGUGAAUCCUUAUGAAAUCGAAGAAGCCAUCAAGGAACACUUCGCCGAUGUCAAGGACUGUGCUGUUGUUGGUGUCGAGCAUGGCGCGGAUGGUCAUCGGCCAAAAGCUUUCGUAGUUGGAGAUGUUGACAGAAACGAUGUUAUAAAUUUUGUCAAAGAGCGCUUCAUUUCCUACAAACAUCUAUGCGGAGUAGAAAUUUUGAAUGAAAUACCAAGGACACCAUCUGGGAAAAUUAUGCGAGCGAAGUUGUCCGGAUGUCUGAACCCAUUGUUAGGAUAA